CCCUCUUCUGGACUCAGCCCCGGCUUCGCCGCGCUCCCUUCCCAGACUCUUACGCGUCCCGCGCCCUCCGGGGCGCCUGGCUUUCCGACUUGCGCGGGGGCGCAGCCACCCCUCCUUAGCGGACCCGCAGCGGGGCAGCCAAGUCCUGCGCGUCCGCCAGGGGAACGCGGGGCGCAGGGCGCGCAUACACAGCGCGGCUCCUGCUGCGGCGGCGCCAGAGUUGCGAAGUCGCUGCGCAGGACCCUGCCGCCCCCAGCGUGGCGCCCCCGGGCCAGGCCCGCUGCCCAGGACCCCGGCCCGGCGGCCGCGGGAACCCGGACUCCGGCGCCCCUAUGCGCCGCCCCACCACCGCCGCCGCGCCACAGCUAUGACCCUGAGCGCGGAGAUGUCCGAUGCCUCCGGCCUCGCCGAGGAAACAGACAUCGACGUGGUGGGGGAGGGCGAGGACGACGACGACGAGGAGGAGGACGACGAAGAGGGCGGCGGCGGGCCCCGGCUGGCGGUCCCCGCACCUCGGCGACGGCGGCGGCGGCGGCGGCGCUCGUAUGCUGGAGAGGACGAGCUCGAAGACCUGGAAGAGGAGGACGACGAUGAUGACAUUCUGCUGGCCCCGCGGGCGGGCGGCUCCCCGGCGCCCCCAGGCCCGGCACCCCCAGCCGGGGCGACCUCGGGCGGCGGGGGCGGCGGCAGCGCGGCUGCGGGCGCAGGGGCCAGCACGGGUGCGGGCGGCGGCGCCAAGAACCCGCUGGUGAAGCCGCCGUACUCGUACAUCGCGCUCAUCACCAUGGCCAUCCUGCAGAGCCCCAAGAAGCGCCUGACGCUGAGCGAGAUCUGCGAGUUCAUCAGCGGCCGCUUCCCCUACUACCGCGAGAAGUUCCCCGCCUGGCAGAACAGCAUCCGCCACAACCUCUCGCUCAACGACUGCUUCGUCAAGAUCCCCCGCGAGCCGGGCAACCCAGGCAAGGGCAACUACUGGACGCUGGACCCCGAGUCCGCCGACAUGUUCGACAACGGCAGCUUCCUGCGCCGAAGGAAGCGCUUCAAGCGGCAGCCGCUGCUCCCGCCCAAUGCCGCGGCCGCCGAGUCGCUGCUGCUGCGCGGCGCGGGAGCCGCGGGGGGCGCCGCAGACCCGGCCGCCACGCUCUUCCCGCCCGCGCCGCCCCCGCACGCCGCCUACGGCUGCGGCCCCUAUGGCUGCGGCUACGGCCUGCAGCUGCCGCCCUACGCGCCGCCCUCGGCGCUUUUCGCCGCCGCCGCUGCCGCCGCCGCCUUCCACGCGCACUCGCCGCCGCCGCCCCCGCCGCCACACGGCGCGGCCGCCGAGCUGGCCCGGACCGCCUUCGGGUACCGGUCACACCCGCUGCGCUCCGCUCUGCCGGGCCCGCUGCAGGCCAAGGCGGGCGGACUGGGUUCCGCGGCGCUAGCACGCUCGCCCUUCUCCAUCGAGAGCAUCAUCGGGGGCAGCCUGGGGCCCGCCGCCGCCGCCGCGCAGGCCGCCGCCGUGCAGGCCGCCGCGCAGGCCUCGCCCUCGCCCUCGCCGGCGGCGGCGCCCCCCGUGCCCGGGUCCGCGCCUGUUGCAGCGUCCGGCGGUUGCGCAGCGCAGGCGGCUGUGGGCCCGGCUGCCGCGCUCACGCGCUCCCUGGUGGUCGCCGCCGCGGCCGCCGCCUCCUCCGUGUCCUCCUCAGCUGCCUUGGGGACGCUGCACCCGGGGACGGCCCUGUCGAGCGUGGAGAACUUUACUGCUAGGAUUUCCAAUUGUUAAGAGCGCUCAGGUAGCGCGCUUGAGAAGAAGGUAGGACUCCCGGCCGCUUUUCCGGUUUUGGUUUGGUUCUCUGGCUUGGGCGGUUUGGUAGUCGGUGCGCUCCUCCGAGGCCUCCCAGCCUCGCGCGCCUACUGUCGCCGCUGCGGACUCGCGGAGAAGACUGUUCGGCCAGGGCUCCGCGCCUCGGCUCAGCGGGCCCCUCUAUUUAUGCAAACUCGCCCUAUGCUGCAGCCCGACCCGGGAGGAGGAAGAGGGUGCUGGUGGGGAUCCUCCCAGUCUGGGCACUGGAGGCUUCCUUGACUUUUGGCAAACCGGAAAAAAAAAAAAAAAAUCCGAAGCCUUUUGAGGUGUAGAAAUUCUCAGGUCCAGGCGUUUAAAAAAAAAAAUAACGUUCCAGUGAAGAACAACACAAAAAAGUAAGGGUCUCAAAGAUCGACUUUUAUCCGAGGACACUUGUAUGGUGCGCUUUUUCAUAAAAAGGAGAAAAAAAUUAACAUGUUUACAGAAGAAACAAGUCGAAGUUACCAUUUCUUAUUUUAACCUGUGUUUUGUAUCAUAAUAGACAUGGGAAGUUUUUAUUUUGUACUUAACUGCAUAUUCUUUACAAGGAGUAUUGUAAAUUUUACUGGCAAUUAUUAUUGUACUAUUCUAAUGUAAAAUUUUUACACUUUUUCAGAAAUAAAAUACUUAAUUUUCAAAGAAAA